GAAGACAAUCAUGUCAUAGUCAAUAGUUCACGUAAUGUUUUUUUAAAAUGACAAUGUUUAGGAAGACGUAUAAAAAUAAAUGGAACGUGUUUAAAAUACAAUAGAUUUUUAUGUUGUAUAAUAAGUAAUUCCCUCAGAAAUUAGUGUAAAAUUUUUUGUAGUAAAUUUAUAACUAUGGAGUACUUGGCGGAAAGCAUUGCGCUGGGAAUAGAUUCAUUAAUUUUAGUUGCUUGUAUAAAACAGUAUUACAAAAAUAAAAAUGCGAUGGCUUUAAUUCAAGGUGCUCCCUAUUUAGAAAUUAACAAAGAUCUUAAAGAGAUAGUAGAUACCCAUCCUGAAGGGAAGUUGUCGUAUGUAGCUAUUAGAGGUACAGUCAAACCUCUAGGAAACCCCAUCAUUAGCAAUUCAAAUCCGAAUAUUUCGGGAGUAGUACAAUUAUUAAGGAUUAAAGAGCACGUUAUACAAAGAAGCACCGCUGGGUUUUGGGCAGAUUCUGAAAGAGUUAUCCAAGAAGUACAUAAUGUUAUGCCUUUCUCGUUAGAAACCAAAGGAAUUCUAAUUGAAAUUUGUGAUCCUUUAGCUGCGGAUGUUUUAGAUAUGGACGUAAUUGCUGACAAUUUUCAUCCGACAGUACCUAGUGUUAUAGAUCAUAUUUGGAGCUUCUUUGCUGGAGUUAGACAAAGAGGGGUACAAUCUACAGAGAAAAUGCUUAGGACAGGGACUGUGAUAACAGGUAUAGGAGAAUUAGUUACGGGAAAAGAUGGUCAAUUGAAGUUACAACCCCCGAGCAAUGGAGGACCUUUUUACUUGACGAAUAUGCGUGUAACUUCUCUUUUAAAAAAACUGAACGGGUCUAAGAAAAAUUAUAGAUUACUGUGCAUAUUGUUUGGAUCAAUUGGUUUAGUGCUAACAGGACUUAUCGUAAGAAAAUACUUGAAAAUAAAAGGUGAAAAAGAUGAAGCAGAAAGGCAAAGACUUCAAUUGGAAUUGUCAAGAAGAAAAAGGCGGAGAGAAAUCAGAGAUGGGGAUUUACCUGAGAAUCAAAUUUGUGUUGUUUGUAGAGAAAAUCCUAAAGAGAUUAUUUUGUUACCUUGUGGACAUGUUUGUUUGUGUGAAGAUUGUGCUGUGGAUAUUACCGAAAGUUGUCCAAUUUGUAGAACGCAUAUCAAUAAAAAAAAUGUUGCAUAUGUGAUAUAAAUUAUUAAAAAAAUUGUUUAUGUUAUCUAAUUUGACCAGACGAGUGUUUAAGUGUUAUAUAUUUCAAAUGAAUAAUGUUUGGUUAACACGUGUUAUUUUUGUAUUAAAAUAAAUCUUUAAAACACCAAAA